UGUCCAGCGAGCUAGUUUGACAGUACUCUACAGUUAUCCCCCAGGACUGUUUGUGGCUGAUUUUAUUCAGUAAACGUCGAAACAUAACAUAAGAACACAAUUAAACGUGUAUCUUCAACAAAAUAUAUGGGAUGUGCAUUUAUUUGAGAAACACAGUUUAAAUGUUUGUGAGGUAAAAAAACAAACACAAACUUGUACAGGUGGAAAAGAUGUCUAGAGAUCAUGGAUCCCCAUGAGACUAUGGAUUUAAACCUUGGAGAGCUAGAUAUUACAUCUGAAGAUUACUGGCUUGAUGAAGUUGAUGUACACAUACAACAGAAUCUAGAAGAUGAAAUUGUCAAAGAAGCCCUGAAAACUGGAGUGGAUUUAAGACAGUAUUCCAAGACAGUAGAGAAGGAAUUACUAGGUGUGGAAAAUGAAUCAAUUAAAGACUACCUUGAGAAGGGCGAGGACAUAGCAAGUUUACACAAACAGAUAUCAGCCUGUGAUACCAUUUUAGAGAGAAUGGAACAAAUGUUAAAUGGUUUCCAAGGUGAUUUGAGUAGUAUUAGUACAGAAAUACAGACUUUACAAGAACAGUCAGUUACCAUGAAUGUAAAACUGAAAAAUAGACAGGCAGUCAGAGGGGAACUGAGCCAGUUUGUUGAUGAAAUGGUUAUUCCAGAAACCAUGAUCAAUCAUAUAUUAGAUACACCAGUUACAGAAAGAGAAUUUCUUGAACAGCUCCAUGAACUUCAUCAUAAGAUCAACUUUGUAAAGGAACAGUCAUUUAAGGAAGCGAGAUCAUGUUUUGAUGUCAAAGAUAUCCUAGAAAAAUUGAAAAUUAAGGCUAUUUCAAAGAUUAGAGAAUAUAUUCUACAAAAAAUAAAUUCAUUCAAAAAACCAAUGAGUAAUUACCAGGUUCCACAGAAUGCCAUGCUAAAGUUCAGGUUUUUCAAUGAGUUUCUGAUGUCCCAUGAAAGACAUGUAGCAAGGGAGAUAAGAGAUGAAUAUGUUGAUACCAUGAGUAAAAUUUACCUGUCCUACUUCAAAGGAUACCUAAGUCGUCUGAUGAAAUUACAGUUUGAAGAAUCAGCAGAUAAAGAAGACUUGAUGGGAGCAGAAGACUCUGCCAAGAAAGGCUUCUUCAGUUCUAAGCCAACACUUAAGAACAGAUCCACUGUGUUUACACUGGGGAGCAGAGGCAAUGUGCUGACUACAGAUCUAGAAGGACCCAUCAUUGUACCACAUGCUUCUCAAAAACAGGAAACAAAGCAUAAUUUUGAGAGUUUAUUCCGAAGUCUACACUAUGCUGUGAUGGAUAACUGCUGUAGAGAAUACUUAUUUCUAGUAGAUUUCUUCAUGGUGACAGGACCAUCUGCUACAGAUCUGUUUAAUGCUAUUAUGUCUAAAACUGUGUCAUUAUUUUUGUCAAAGAUGGAAGAAUACACUGCUGACUGUUUUGAUUCUAUAGCUAUAUUUCUAUGUAUACAUGUAGUAUAUAGGUAUAAAUCAAUGAUGAACAAAAGAGGGGUACCUGCAAUAGAUAGGUAUUGGGAUGCAUUAGUUCAGGUGAUGUGGCCUAGAUUUCAGCUGAUUUUAGAAAUGAAUACACAGAGUAUUAGGGCAGUAGAUCCAUCAAAACUUGGACAUAUAGAUGUUCGACCACAUUAUAUAACAAGGAGAUAUGCAGAAUUUUCAGCAGCAAUUGUUGGAAUCAACCAGUCUUUUCCUGACGAAAGGGUAUACCAUCUUCUCAGUCAGCUGCAGACAGAAGUAGAAAAUUUUAUCCUGAAAAUAGCUGCAGAAUUCCCCCACAGAAAGGAACAGCUGAUUUGUUUGAUAAACAAUUAUGAUAUGCUGUUAGGAGUCCUGAUGGAAAGAACAACCGAAGACUCAAAAGAGACUGAAAGUUUUAAAGAAUUACUGACUGCCAGAACAGGGGAGUUUAUAGAAGAGAUAUUAUCACCUUACUUUGGUGGAAUGAUUAUGUUUGUUAAAGAUUGUGAAUUACAGAUGGAUAGAGGAGGAGCUGAAUCUAUCAAAUGUGACGAAAAAAGGGUACAACAGAUAGUGAGAGGAUUUAACAAUGACUGGAAGAGGGCAUUAGAAAUGAUAAAUGGAGAAGUGAUGAGAGCAUUUACUAACUUCAAAAAUGGAACACAGAUACUACAAGGUGCAUUAACACAGCUGAUACAGUACUACCACAGAUUCCAAAAAGUUCUUUCUCAAGGAGCAUUCAGGAAUAUGCAGAUUAGAAAUGAACUCAUAAAUAUUCAUCAUGUUAUGGUUGAAGUUAAAAAAUACAAACCUACCUUCUGAUUAGACUCUAAAAAAGAAGUUUGACACAUUCCAUUUAAUAUCUGUGAUCAAGCCCGAUAACAUCUCAUCUCAUAGAACUAAGGUGAACACAAGAGGCUUCUUUCUGAAAGGAAAUUAAGUCAAUGCUCAUAAGAGUUCAGUGGUUGUAAAAUGUUUGGUGUGUGAAAUAAAGAUUAACCAAAAAGUAUUGAUGCCAAAAUAAAUAUAACAUACCUCAAAUUUUGUUAAAUGUUCAAAAAGAAUGCAAAUCAUAUAAAAAAAAGCCAUACUGUUUCAAAGUUUAUGAAAUUCCAGCAUCAUAGUUUGGUUCUUUUCCUUUUUACAAUAUUUUUAGGAGUAAAAAUGAAAAUUAUACAGUUUUUCAUAAAUUCUCUAUUUACUAUCAUACAAAACAAACAGUUGUUAUCUAUAAUAUGUUAGUAUAUUAGUCAUAGAUAUUUCAAUACUUUAGAAUACUAACGUAUAAAAAUUGAACGUAAAAUUAUAUUUUUGCAGAUCCUGAAAGAUACUUUUCAAUUUGUUUAUUGAUUUAUUGAAUUAAUUCAAAUAAAUUGGUCAUGUGCAAUAAAAUGGAUUAUUUAUAGUUUAUUUAUUCAUAUGAAUAAAAAUGUUAAAUCUUA